ACACAAAGCUGUUCUCUUACAACAUUCCAACAAAAGAAGAACCGGCAAGGUGGCCCACCACCACAACCAACACCUCAUCCUCCCAUCACCCAGUCACCACCACAAUUCAUGCCCUAGAUUCAGAACCAGAAUCCUUUCGACUCAAGAUCUACACUACACAUUUAACUUAUAUAUACAAUUCAUGCCCAAAAGGAGGUCUGUUGGGUUUUUGGUUUAUUGGUGAGAGGGAAAUAGAAAAAAGAGAAUAUUAGGAUGGGAAGAGGGAAAGUGGAGCUGAAGAGGAUAGAGAACAAGAUCAACAGGCAAGUUACUUUUGCAAAGAGAAGGAACGGUUUACUUAAGAAGGCUUAUGAGCUUUCUGUACUUUGUGAUGCUGAGAUUGCUCUUCUCAUUUUCUCUAACCGUGGCAAGCUCUACGAAUUUUGCAGCAGCCCUAGUGGUAUGGCCAAGACGAUUGAGAAGUAUAGAAAACAUAGUUAUGAAACAAUGGAUCCAAAUCAGUCAGCUAAAGACUUGCAGGAAAAGUACCAAGACUACUUGAAACUCAAAUCAAGAGUUGAGAUCCUUCAACAUUCACAAAGGCAUUUGCUAGGUGAAGAGAUAGCCGGGAUGGGAGUGAAUGAGCUUGAGCAGCUAGAACGCCAAGUAGAUGCAUCACUAAGACAAAUAAGAUCCACAAAGGCUCGGUUUAUGCUUGAUCAAUUAUCUGACCUCAAAACAAAGGAGGAAAUGCUAUUGGAAACUAAUAGAGAUCUUAAGAGAAAGUUGGAGGAAAACGAUGCAACGGUUACUCAAUCGCUAUGGGGAGCUUCUUCUUUUGCAGAACAUUCCCAACAACAACAGCAACAACAAGGCAUGAGCUCUUAUCAAACAAACCUUCCAACUCAAGAAGUAGGUUUCUUCAAGCCUUUACAAGGCAAUGUAGCAUGGCAGAUGAGUCAUUACAAUCCUGGUGUGACAAAUGCAAGCGACUCUGCAACAACAUCCCAGAAUGUUAUUAAUGGAUUCUUCCCUGGGUGGACGGUCUGAAGCAAUAAUACAUAUGUAUGUAUACAUGUGCGUGUUUUAUAGAUCAAAAAUCAUUGCUUGUGUAAUUUAAUUGUUGCAAGGGAAACAUAGUUCUUGAUUACAAACUAUGUUAUAGAAUCAAGAGCUGAAUGUCAUACUCUCAGAUUAUUACCUUUUUGAAUAUAUAACAAUAUUUUUGAGCUUUUUACAAA